GUGCUCGCUGUGGGCAGCGCAGUCUUCGAUGCGAUGUUUAACGGUGGAAUGGCCACAACUUCUACAGAGAUCGAGCUGCCUGACGUGGAGCCUGCUGCCUUCCUAGCUCUGCUGAAAUUCCUUUAUUCAGACGAAGUUCAGAUUGGACCAGAGACUGUUAUGACAACACUUUACACUGCUAAGAAAUACGCAGUUCCAGCCCUUGAAGCUCACUGUGUGGAAUUUCUUAAAAAAAACCUCCGGGCAGACAACGCCUUCAUGCUGUUAACACAGGCGAGACUUUUUGACGAGCCUCAGCUGGCCAGCCUCUGCCUGGAGAACAUCGACAAGAACACGUCGGAUGCCAUCAAUGCCGAGGGGUUUACAGACAUUGACCUGGACACCCUGGUGGCAGUGCUGGAGAGGGACACCCUGGGCAUCCGGGAGGUCCGUUUGUUUAACGCAGUGGUUCGCUGGUCGGAAGCCGAGUGUCAGCGGCAGCAGCUUCAGGUGAUUCCAGAGAACAAGCGGAAAGUUCUGGGCAAAGCGCUUUCUCUUAUCCGCUUCCCAUUGAUGACUAUUGAGGAGUUUGCAGCAGGGCCUGCGCAGUCGGGAAUCCUCACGGACCGGGAGGUGGUGACUACGGGGACCCCGAAGCCGCGGGUGGAGUUCAUCGACCGACCGCGCUGCUGCCUGCGGGGGAAGGAGUGCAGCAUCAGCCGAUUCCAGCAGGUGGAGAGCCGCUGGGGGUACAGUGGGACUAGUGACAGGAUAAGGUUCUCAGUAAACAAAAGGAUAUUUGUAGUUGGGUUUGGAUUAUACGGAUCCAUACAUGGGCCAACGGAUUACCAAGUAAAUAUACAGAUCAUCCACACGGACAGUAACACGGUUCUGGGCCAGAACGACACGGGGUUCAGCUGUGACGGUUCAUCAAACACUUUCCGGGUCAUGUUCAAGGAACCUGUUGAGAUUUUACCCAACGUCAACUACACAGCGUGCGCUACUCUAAAGGGUCCAGAUUCCCACUACGGAACCAAAGGACUGCGCAAAGUGAUCCACGAAUCGCCAACGACGGGAGCCAAAACCUGCUUUACGUUCUGUUACGCGGCUGGGAACAACAACGGCACUUCCGUGGAGGAUGGACAAAUCCCAGAGAUCAUCUUCUACACAUAGUGCAGCUGCGG